AUGUCCUGGUCAAUUGAGGGUAACAUAUUGCUUAAUCGGGCUAAGGCGAAAGCGAGGACGGAAAGGCUUCGCUGGCAAGGAAGCAAGCUAGUAUUCGUACUCAUGUACUCUACCCACGCUAAACGCCUCCUCUUUACAUUGGCGUGGGGGGGUAAAUCCAUGUUUUGCAAAAUCUGUAUUUCCCUUGGUCCUUAUUUGAGCUGUCAUGAAACCACAAAAAGCCAACUGCUGUUCUUUUUUAUAUUCGAUAUUAUUGGAGACAAAAUUUUACAUCGAAAAGUCGGACUAUUACCUUAUAGAAGGAGGUGA